CCGGAAGCGGAAGUGGAAGAUUUUGCGGCCGGUGGCGUUUAGAGAGUAGCCAUGGCAGCGUCGGCUCUGCUGGCGUUGCUGGCGCAGAAAACGGGCCCCGUUUUGGCGAGGGGAGCGGUUACUGCAGGGCUGUCUCCCCCUCAGGUCAUGGUUGCCUCCGUUAGAUACGCAUCCAAGAAGACUGGAGGUAGCUCAAAAAAUCUUGGCGGGAAGUCACCAGGCAAACACUAUGGCAUCAAGAAAUUGGAGGGUCAAUAUGUUCAUGCUGGUAACAUCAUUGGAACUCAGCGUCAGUUCCGCUGGCAUCCAGGAGCUCAUGUAGGACUGGGUAAGAACAAGUGUCUAUAUGCCCUAGAAGAGGGCACUGUCCGCUACACAAAGGAAGUAUAUGUGCCCAGCCCCAGCAGUCCUGAAGGUAUAGACUUGGUCACCCAACUGCCCAAGGGUGCUGUGCUCUACAAGACUUUUGUCCAUGUUGUUCCUGCCAAGCCUGUGGGCACUUUCAAAUUGGUGGCUAUGCUCUGAGCCUUUUGACCAUGUCAUUGGUUGAAAAUAAAGUCAUAAUGCCAGGAGGAGAUCACGCUAGAUGCCAAGGAAUCAGGGUGGAAACAAGUCUCCCUGAGAAAGUGAGUUUGGUUGACUGCAAACACAGAAGAGACUAUGUGAAACAACCAGCCAAGGAGUAAUGAGGAUGGAUAUAUUUGAGAUCCAAAAUAAAAUGAAUUCAAACCAUGA